GUCCUACGUCAUGACGCACCAUCAGCUGUUGACAGACUGAAUGAAGCUCCCUUCACUGUCGACCUCCGAGCAGGCAUCCGCUGUUCUCGUGUACCCUCGGAGCCGACUCUGCUGCCCUUGCUUCUUCAAACGCACAUGCUGUUCGUCGGCCACUCGGUAACGGACCAUAUGCUGCUAUGAGUGCUUUGUGUCGUCUUAUCCACAGAGGACUGCUGAGCGCCGGGUCGUCCUGUCGUCUGUUCUCCGGACACCAGGAUGCGUGCGGGGUGUCUCCCACGAUUCGAGCCCUUAGUUCAUCCAGGUAUCCCUGCUAGCUGCCCGGCUAUCUGAUGCCCUCUAUCAGUCUGAACCGUUGUGUGGUGCAUUGGUGCUGGGUGGGGAUUAUAACCAAUUUUUUAUCCUAUAAACCUCAACUAAAUGCGUCAAAGUGCUGGUCUACAAUUAUCUGUAAAACCCGUUAACCUAGUUUACAGGAUGUAUGUUAGCAGUCCCGUUAGCCUCAGGUUUAACCAUAGACUGUAUAUAGAAAUAUAUAGUAUAUACAGUCUAUGGGUUUAACCUGCAGCCAUAGGGGAGAUGUAGACCAUCUGUUUUGAUGUUUAAUACUUUGUAAUGUUGAUGCAUAUGAUUUGUGGUAUAUUAUACUUUAUACACGCCGAAUGACUCAUUAAUUAGGUUUGCAUAGCUCUAAAUAAUACUGCAAAAUACAACCUAAUAUUGCAGUAUUCAUUAACCCUAGAACACUCACUAAAAUUAGUAACACCAUCACUACUGCUGGGUGAUUUUUACCCGAAAUAAUAUAUCCAAGAAAGAGUCCUUGUCAUCAAAAUAGGACUAAAAAUGACAAAUUAAAGUAAUAUUCUUUUAUUUUUAACUGUUCAAUGUCCAAAGGGAGGGGGAAAAGUGCCAGAGGGAUCAUAGAAAAUUGCAAUAAAAUAAUCAAAUCAAAUUUUAUUUAUAUAGCGCCAAUUCACAACAGUCAUCAUCCCAAGAUGCUUUUCAAAGAACAAGAGCAGGUCUAGACCACGCUCAUUGUUUGAUGAAUUAUCAAGACCCAACCUAAGAUGGGAUUUGGCCCAUCUCAUCCAACAUGAGUAACAGUGGCAAGGAAAAACUUCCUUUUAAAACAGGCAGAAACCUUGGGUGGGACCAGACUCAUGCCAGACAGACACCAAGCCGCUGCUGGGUUGGUGAGGAAUACAGAGAGAGAGGAGAGAGAGAAGUCGAGAGAGGGCGGUGGGGAGAGAAAGAGAACAAGAUAGAGGGAAGGAGAGAGAGAGAGAGAGAAUGAGAGAGGGAGAGGGAGGGAGAGAGAGUAGACUGGGGAGAGAAAUAACUGAAAUUAGGAAUUCAUGAACAAAAAAUUCCUACAAAAAAAAAAAAAAACUGUAAACUUAGUUUCUUUUCCACCCAUCUCUGGGGCGCGAGAGACUCCCCUGGUGAGGACUCAGGGUCCUUGGCACAAUAACAUCUGUAGGAGAGAGAACCAAAUAUUUCAUAUUUUCAGUGAGUAAAAAUGACCAGCUGACUAAGAUAUUUCUUAUCACCUUAUGAAUUCCCUUGAAAAUCACUACCUUGAGAUAGUAAUUCAUAACCACUGCACUAAAUAAAGAUAGCAUGCAGAUUUAAGGACCACUCUUACUGAUCUUAUUCCCUACAUGCAGUUAUCAAAUCCACCCAGACCUACUUACCCUCCAUCACUAUUGCUGGGUGAAAAUCACCUGAACACCUGCCUGAGGGAAAAAGCGUGUUUUGGAUCACCAAAGUCAUAACCAGGCAGAUUCUAACUAUGGUACGUGUUUUUUUCUCCUCAGUUCAGUCAGCCUGACCUACGAUGUCUUUGAUGGGAAAGGAGAGAGCACUCCCUUGGUGUUUCUCCAUGGACUUUUUGGCAGCAAAUCUAACUUCCAUUCAAUUGCAAAGUCCUUGGUGCAGCGCACAGGCCGAAAGGUAAUGCAGUGAUGAAGACAUUUCACUUGUCAGCUGUUAAAAUCGCUUGAGUACAAACUGUGAUGUGAUACAAGUUCUCAGCACUUUUCCUUUAUUAUGGUCACCGAUACAUAAUCUAUUUAUAUGCUGGCUGGAAGUGACCAGUCUGCCCGUACACAAACAACAAUUGUUCAGGCUGUCACAUGCCUGGAUUAAAAAAAAACAGCCAAGGUAUUUUACUCUGUUUCACUUCUAUUCCAAGAGUCCUAACUGUCUUUUGUCUAGAUAGGUGCUGACUGUAGAUGCCCGUAACCAUGGUAACAGCCCUCACAGCCCAGAGCUGACCUAUGAAGCCAUGGCUGAUGACUUGAAACACCUCCUUGCUCAGCUGCACAUCGAGAAAUGUAUCCUCAUCGGCCACAGCAUGGGAGGGAAAACGGCGAUGACGACCGCCCUCACACAGGUACGCCGUUAACAAAGACGUCACCUCCCCGCUGAACACAUUCAUCCCCUUUGAGUGUAGAAAUCCUGCUCUGGUCUCUUGUUUACAGUUUUCUUGGUUUGAAUCUCCUUUCCUCUCUCUGUCUCUUGCGGUUUUGCAGCCUGAUUUAGUGGAGAGGUUGGUAGUGGUUGACAUCAGUCCAGCCAAGACCACCUCACGCACCAACUUCCACUUUUACAUCCAGGCCAUGCAGAACAUGAAGAUCUCCAGUGAUAUCCCUCGUUCUACUGCCAGGCGAAUGGCUGAGGAUCAAUUACGCAGUUUGGUGAAGGUCAGGACUUUUUAGGCUUUAUUAAAAAUACAUUAUGUUAUUGUUUGCUGUCCCUCAAUAACCUGAGCUCAGGACAUUAGUUGGAGAGGAGUGUGAAUUACCCUUUCUUUUGACAAGGUUUCUGACUUUGACAUUUAACUUGAGUUAGGUGUUUUUGUGCAACCUGGUGGCAGUAGAAGCAAGUUAUCACAACACAUAUUUCCCUCAAUAAAGCAGAAUCCUGCUUUCGGGUGAUCUGAUUAGAUGAUCACUUAUUUAGAGUUUUGUUAUAACUGACUACCUCCACCUUAAGAAAGUAAGUCUAUACAAACUCCUGAGAAACAACAGGCUUUAGCUGAUUAUUAUCUGCUUAGUGGCUGGUGUAAAGUGGGGUUUUUUGGCCUUCAUACUGAUAAAGCUCCCUUCCUGUGCUUAAUAUGUAACCUAAGCCUGUUAAAGAAUAAAGAAAGAGCUUGUCUUAAACUGUUCCACUCUCCCUCAGGAGCGCUCGGUGCGUCAGUUUCUGCUGACUAACCUGGUGGAGCAGAAUGGUCACUACGCCUGGAGAGUCAACUUAGAGGCCAUUUCUGCACACCUGGAUAAAAUCAUGAGCUUCCCUAGCUUUGAUACCACCUUCGAGGGACCCACAUUGUUUUUAGGUGGAGCAAGCUCUGCUUAUAUCAGGUAAAAGAUACGGACUGUGUUCUUUUUUAUACAGAUGGAUAGGUUGGAUAAGUCAUUGUACAUUACUGAAUGAAAGUUGUGCUCAUCAUCGCAUCAUGGCACGGUUUCAACAAAGAAGACAGUCUCUGUGUUUCUCUAUACAAAUGAAGCAUCUACCUACUAUUAAGCAAAUCAUUCUAUGAUGUAUCGAAGAGCAAUAAAUCAAACUCACCAGAGCAGUGGUUCUCAAGACCAGUCCUCGAGCCCCCCAUCCUGCAUGUUUUGGAUGUUUCCCUGCUCCAACACACCUUAUUCAAAUGAUCAGCUCGUUAUUAAGCCAUUACAGAGCUCGAUAACGAGCUCAUCAUUUGAAUCAGGUGUGCUGGAGCAGGGAAACAUCCAAAACAUGCAGGACAGGGGGGGCUGGAGGACUGGACUUGAGAACCACUGCACUAGAGAUUCUUAUUUGAAUCAAAACUUGGCAAGAUUUGUAAACUACACUAAUGUGUAAAGUGUUACAUUUCUGCAAGUCGCAUGACGUGAAGGACAGGGGUCAUGGACAGGGAAAGUAACAAAAGGAAAAUCUGCACCUUCAAACAAAACAAAAAUUAUGCCUUUGGGUUCUAAAAGAUGGCAUGGAGUUAUACUUCCCCACAGCCACCCACUAAUUUUGCUCAAAGUAAAAGGCUUCAAACAGAGGUAGAAUAGGUGGGGAGAAAAUGCUAAAUACAAAAAGUCUCCUUAUGGAUCAAAACCUUUCAAAAAGUCUAGAAUUUACCCUGCUUCCCUCAGAACACAACCACUCUCAAACACACUCGUCACACAAACCAAGAGAAACCAACUGAAGGUGUUGGCAUCUUUGGUGUCACACACCUAACUGAGUGAAAGAACCUCCUUUUAUAGAUUACCCAGGCUGAUGAGCACCAGCUGAGAGCAAUGAGGACAGGUGAGCUGAGUGACGGCUCGUUAGGUGUGCUGAAGGUCACAGAAUACCUCCAUCUGUAACAAAAGCAGAACACCUAACUUCAGAGAGAAAGAGUUCUCCAUUAUGUAAAAAAGAAGAAUCACUACAGUGUUGUUUGCUCCUCUGGGGUUUUACAUUCACUUGUUUUCUCAGAAACAACACCAAUGAAGAUCUCAUCAUGUAUAAAAUAUCUAAAUAAAGUACCUCAAAAUGGUGGUAAGCCAUCCAGGACCCAUUAAGACAGAAAAAAUAACAAAUGAAUGAAGUUACAAACUGAUUUAAUGGAAAGUAUAAGUGAAAAUAAGUGAAAAACUUCAAGUAAAAUAGGAAAAAAUAAGUAAACACCAAAAAAAAGCAACAUAAAAAAUAUGGAGACCCCACAGGAAAAUCAAGAACAUUGCACUUAUUGAGAAUGCAUAUUAUUUUCUUUCUUUUUUUGUAUUGAGAUGUAAAAUAUAGAUGUGUCAGAUGUGACCACCCCCCUUUCUUGUUUAAUUCCUAAUCCAGCUCUGAAGAUUAUCCAGAAAUCCAGAGGCUGUUCCCUUACGCCGACAUCCAGUACAUCCCAGACGCAAGCCACUGGAUCCACGCGGACAAACCUUUAGAUUUCAUCAGCUCCAUCAUCUCCUUCCUGCAGUCCUAGCUGCGUCCUCCUCAGUGCAGCAAAAAUUUUAUUAAUGCUCAGCACCUCUGAGUGUCCUUUCUCUGACAAUGAAAGGAACAGUUGAGCAGCCACAGCAAACGGGAGUGGAGUCAUUUAUUGCUGCCAACACUGGACCAAACACACCCUUUUUACAGCUGUAAGAGUUUACCUUCAAACAAACUUUUGAGUAGCGUGAUGAAGGUGACAUUUUCUUUGUGUAGUCUGCCAGACAAGUGUUGCAACUCGGUUAACAGGUUUCUAGAUAGAUGCAUUUCAUAGAUUUGUGUUGGUGGAGAAUAGUGCUAAAAGUAUUGUAAGUUUCAAACAAUGGUUGGUAUUGGAAAUGAUUUAUAUAUAUCUAUGAUACUAAUCCAAAGAAGUUCUCAUUUGCACAGUGCUUUCUAUGAAUUAUAUUCUAGUUUGAUAGAGACGUGGCUUUAGGUAAGAGAAAUCUGGGGUUGCUUAAGUGGACCAGCAGAAAGUAAGACGUCUACGUUUUGACAGCGCUAGAAUGAAAUAAAUAAUGUAUGUCGGAAAAGCUGUUGCUGGAGAGAAAGGACAAACGUGCAAAGCAAAAAUAGGUUCUCACUCAUGAGUGGUUGGUAUCAUGUGUCAGGUCAUUGAAGCUCCUAAAAGAGGCCGUUAUGUACAGAUGGUGUGUUGUAGAAACUUAUUUCAGUGUUGAUCAUCGUGGUAUAUUCAGUAUUUUGGUCUGAAUCUUAGCUCCUCACAUCCUCUCCUCUGUGUGUCUGCUGUAUUUUAGAGAAGGGUAUUUACAGGUCAGUCUCAACUCAAGGUCAUCAAAAGCGCUGGUCAUGUCUUUAUGCCAAUAUAAUCAUCGAUAAAUCCCAGCAGAGGCACUUAAAUGCAGUAUUAUUGCAAUCUGUUCCCUGAUUAUCUCAGGUUACAAAUGGAUAUGCUAAUUAUGCUCCAUGUGUAUUAUUCUCCUACCUGUCUGGUAAUAAGCUGUAGUGAUGGUGUCGUGUCUUUGUAGAUGAUCAGUGUGUAGAUCAAACCUGUUUUACCGAUUUAUUAUCUGUAUCUAACUUAUAUUUAAAAUGCAGGGGCUAUAUGGGUAUUACACAAAUAUAUGCUGCAAAAACGUAUGUUGUUAACUUAUGGUAACUGUGUUAAUAUCAUUUCUGUUUCUGUGGGUUUAUCGUGUACUGUCCAGUAGUGAAACUGCCAUGUGUAUGAAUAAGCAGGGUGUUAAAUAUGUAUGUGCCUCUUUUGUCAAGAGCUCCUUUUCCAUUUCAGUAAAACUUGAUAAACACUUUUAUUCAACAAACUUUAGCGGACUUUAGAUUGGCAGCUGGGCUGCCAGGUCCGUGUGAAUUUUCUGAAAAAGCAGCCUAACUGGUGAGGGUGUUAUCCCCUCAUGGCACUAGAUGUUUACAACAAUCAGUGUUUUAUGUUUAAUUUAUGUGAAUAGAGACGUCUAAAAGGCUUUGAGUCACCAGAUUGAAGUCAGGUGGAAAUCUUAGUUUUGUUCUCCAGUCUCCAGUUAGCGGAGCAGCACCAUCUCUCUCGUCUCAAUCUAAAGACAGAUUUGUCUUGUCGCACAAACGAUUCAGCGGAUUACUCACCUCUGACAUUUGAAUGCAGGCCCUGCCUUGGCUUCUAGAGCGCUGCAACAGGACGAGAUAUUUCAAAACCAAUGUCAAUAAAGUAGAAAAUAUUAUUUAUUCACACUGAGAAGCUUUUUGAACUCUGUCUUCAUUUGUUCAGGAUUGUACAACCUCAAUAUGAGCAUGCCUUCUCUCCCGUCAUCAGAUGUAAAGGUGCAGUGCUAUGUAUGUCUCAGCUUGUUGAACAUGUUGCCACAAUGAUGGUUGGUUCUCAUUCUAGAUAAUAUAUAUAUAAAUAUAUAAUUUCAAGAAAGUGUGCAAAAUGACUACAGGAGUGAAUAUAUUAUUGAAAUUAUAAGAACUGAUAUAAAAUAAAACUUGAAAAACCACUGA